CCUGGAAGCGCGGCGUAACCUCUCGUCCCUCCUCAUCUCUCACCCGCCGCUGCGUGCUGGGUGCAGGUGCAGCGAGAGGGUGGAGUUGGACGAGCUCGCACAUGGUGCGGUCUGAGAUCGGCCGGCUAGAAGCGCAAGCUCCGGCAGCGCCGGCGGGGCGAGGAGGGCUUGGCGCGCGCCGCGCGCACGCCAUCUCUCCGCCCACCACCGCUGCCGCCUUGCCUCUGGCUCUGGCUCUCGCUUCUGGACGAGCUGCGGGCCUCGACAUCCACGCUCUCGUGUCUCUCUCUCCUGCAGCAGUGGGCCUCGCCACGCUUCAUUUCCUCGUGCUGACGCUGAGCAAGCUGAAGAGGCCCCGGAAAUGCAGCGCACGAUCUGCGUGGCCCUAGCUGCCCCCUCACUCUCCUCCUGUGGCGCUCAACGUGGGCGCUGCACAGUGGCACUAUUCGCAGGUGUCGCUUGUAUGUCUCUGCGCCCGGAGCGUUCUGAGGAGGUCAGCCUGCGCUGCCGUGCCUGCGGAAUCGAGAUGGGAUGGGCGCAAGCUGCCGCUGGCGGAGACGUCGGUGGCCGGCGCGCCUGUGCGGCCUCUUCUGUCGGAUGCGGCGUGCUCGUGCUGCCGCUCUCGCCCCUUCUCCGCACACGCUCCGCAGGCCGGCGGCCCAAGAGGCAGGGUGCAGCUGCGGGCAUCUCGGGCAGGAAAGCACGGCGGCUUCAUCAAGAUGGUCUUGCUGCCGCUCACUCGGCAGCAGCGCAUCACGCAGCACGCAGCACCAGGGGUGCAGCACCCAGAACGCAGCAGCACAGCUACGCAGAGCAGCCCUUGGUGCCGCUCGCGGAGGGUUGCGGAUGGACGUACCGCCAGCGGCCUCUCAGGAGCGAGGUACAGAUGAACAGCGCGAUGCGCGGCACGCGGCACAGAAGCGGCAGAGCGGCGUUGGAGAGGGGCGUUCAUCAAGAGCCGGCGGUGCCUGCGCAGGCACCGAGCCUGUCCUGGAAGUGCUGCCCUGCGCAGAGAGAGAGAGCGAGAGGGCUGCUUCCGUUGCAGGCUGUCGGCGUGCUGUCAAGCUGGCGCUGAGCGGCUGUCCGAGCAGAGUCAGAGCUGAGGCACUGCGGCACCCACCCGGCC